AAGGUCACAAGGCGCGCUUAGGGGCGGAGCCUCGCGGGGUGCGCCUCUGGGAUAGGCGACCACGGUGUCUUCAAAAGCCCCGUCAGGGCUGGCUUCCUGGGGCCGGACCGACUGUGGGUCAGUUUGCACCAGCGCUCUGGAAUCGAGUUACGCGCGAAGGGGCAGAGUUUCUGGAGGAAACCGCAGCCUCUCAACCGCUGACCGGGCCUCAGAAGGCCCCCGGCAGGGCCGCUUGGCGGGAACUGACCACGCGCCAGUCAGGCUCUCCAGGGACCUGCGCAGGCGCGUGUGGGCGGAGUCGUGCGCAGGGGGCGGGGCUUCGGGAAGGAGCCACAGAGAGGGCGGGGCGUAGGACCUGCGCUUCCGGGGUGGAGUCGGAGCGGCGCGGCGGCGGUCAUGCGGGACGCGGAUGCAGACGCAGGCGGAGGCGCUGACGGCGGGGAUGGCCGGGGUGGCCACAGCUGCCGCGGGGGUGUGGACACAGCUGCAGCUCCGGCCGGUGGAGCUCCCCCAGCGCACGCGCCAGGUCCGGGCAGAGACGCCGCGUCUGCGGCCAGGGGGUCACGAAUGCGGCCGCACAUAUUCACCCUCAGCGUGCCUUUCCCGACCCCCUUGGAGGCGGAAAUCGCCCAUGGGUCCCUGGCACCAGAUGCCGAGCCCCACCAAAGGGUGGUUGGGAAGGAUCUCACAGUGAGUGGCAGGAUCCUGGUCGUCCGCUGGAAAGCUGAAGACUGUCGCCUGCUCCGAAUUUCCGUCAUCAACUUUCUUGACCAGCUUUCCCUGGUGGUGCGGACCAUGCAGCGCUUUGGGCCCCCCGUUUCCCGCUAAGCCUGGCCUGGGCAAAUGGAGCGAGGUCCCACUUUGCGUCUCCUUGUAGGCAGUGCGUCCAUCCUUCCCUAGGGCAGGAAUUCCCACAGUUGCUACUUUCCUGGGAGGGCCUCAUGUUUUAUCUGGUUCUUAAAUGUUUGUUACUACAGAAAAUAAAACUGCGCUACUA